UCGGGGAUAAAAUCAUAAAACUCCGCGAGCACCGUCGUCGUCGUUGCUGUUCCUCUCCCAAGAAGAGCUAGUAGGAUUCCGCCAGUGAGCUUCUUCAUUUUAAUGGUGGAACGAGAGAAAUGAGCUCUCGCAGCUUGAAACCUCUCGAUUUCGCUCUGGUCCCUAGACCGGCCUCUCUCUCCAGCACUCGCUUAUCCUUCUCUGUGUCUUGCCUCGGUCGCUCCAAGCGUGUUGGUGGAGCUGCUUCUCGGUCGAUCCUCUCCACUGGACGCCGAAAAGGGUUCGAUUGUGGCAUACGCAGUGCUUCAAAUGUGGGUUCCAGUUCCGAGUCAGUUGCGACAUCCGCAGACUCCGUUGAGGAAGACCCCGAGUCGGCCAAGCUAUUCGAGAAACUGAAAGAUGCUGAGAGACAACGGAUAAGUAAGCUGGAAGAGCUUGAACGGAAGGCAAAUGUCCAAUUAGAGAGGCAGCUGGUCAUGGCUUCGAGUUGGAGCAGGGCCUUGCUGACUAUGCGGGGAAAGUUGAAAGGAACAGAGUGGGAUCCUCAGAAUUCGCAUAGGAUUGACUUCAGUGAUUUUCUGGGUCUUCUUAACUCCAACAAUGUCCAGUUUGUUGAGUAUUUGAAUUAUGGUCAGACAAUGUCAGUAAUCUUACCGUACUAUAAAGAUGGAAAUAGGCAAGGAAGCCAAGGGGAUUCACAGAAAGAAAUAGUUUUCCGGCGCCAUGUGAUUGACCGUAUGCCGAUUGAUUGCUGGAAUGAUGUUUGGCAAAAGUUGCAUCAACAAAUAGUGAAUGUUGAUGUAAUUAAUGCGGACACAGUCCAUGCCGAAGUUUACUCUACUGUAGCGACUGCGGUGAUAUGGGGUAUGCGGCUUGCCUUGUCAAUUGGCUUGUAUCUUUGGAUUGAUAACAUGAUGAGGCCAAUUUAUGCAAAAUUGAUACCUUGUGAUUUGGGAAAACCAAGUGAGAAAAUACCACAGCCAAUUAAGCGACGAGCGCUUGGAUCAUUAGGAAAAAGUCGGGCAAAAUUUAUCUCUGCUGAAGAAAAAACUGGAGUUACUUUUGAUGAUUUUGCUGGUCAGGAAUACAUCAAGCGGGAACUGCAGGAGAUUGUAAGAAUCCUUAAAAAUGAGGAAGAGUUCCAAAACAAAGGGAUCUAUUGUCCCAAAGGUGUGCUUCUCCAUGGGCCCCCUGGAACUGGAAAAACAUUGUUGGCUAAGGCCAUUGCUGGUGAAGCAGGGCUACCUUUCUUUGCAGCCAAUGGAACGGACUUUGUGGAGAUGUUUGUAGGUGUGGCUGCAUCUCGAGUGAAGGACCUUUUUGCUAGUGCCAGAUCAUUUGCACCUUCCAUUAUUUUUAUUGAUGAGAUAGAUGCUAUUGGUAGCAAAAGGGGCGGACCUGAUAUUGGAGGGGGUGGUGCAGAGAGGGAACAAGGUCUGCUUCAGAUACUGACAGAACUGGAUGGUUUUAAAGUCUCCACGUCACAGGUCUUAGUCAUAGGUGCUACAAAUAGGUUGGAUAUUCUUGAUCCAGCUCUCCUGAGAAAGGGUCGAUUUGACAAGAUUAUACGAGUUGGUUUGCCAUCUAAGGAUGGUAGAUUGGCCAUAUUAAAGGUGCAUGCCAGAAACAAGUUUUUUCGCUCAGAAAAAGAAAAGGAGGCACUACUGGAAGAGAUUGCUGAGCUUACGGAAGAUUUUACUGGAGCAGAGCUGCAAAAUAUAUUGAAUGAAGCUGGAAUAUUGACUGCCAGAAAAGACUUGGACUACAUUGGGCAAGAUGAACUUCUGGAGGCCUUGAAGAGGCAAAAAGGAACAUUUGAAACAGGCCAAGAAGAUAGCACUGAGAUUCCAGAGGAAUUAAAAUUAAGGUUGGCAUAUAGAGAGGCUGCUGUUGCUGUUAUCUCAUGCUACUUUCCGGAUCCCCACCGUCCUUUUACUGAGACAGAUAUUAAUUCAAUACAGAGCCAGCCAAAUAUGCGCUACAAGGAUAUCUCAGGCCAAGUGUAUGCAAGGAAAUCAGAUUAUGUGAAUUCCAUAAUCCGAGCUUGUGCUCCUAGGGUAAUAGAAGAGGAAAUGUUUGGGAUUGAUAACAUGUGCUGGAUAUCAUCUAAGGCAACACUGGAAGCUUCCAGACUUGCAGAGUUUCUGAUUCUGCAGACGGGGAUGACUGCAUUUGGAAAAGCAUACUAUAGAAAUCAGGGUGAUCUUGUGCCAAAUCUAGCAGCAAAACUGGAAGUUCUUAGAGAUGAAUACAUGCGGUUUGCUGUGGAAAAAUGCGCCUUGGUACUUCGGGAAUACCAGUCAGCUGUAGAGACAAUCACAGAUAUUUUAUUGGAAAAAGGAGAGAUCAAUGCUGAACAAAUUUGGGCUAUUUAUAAUGGCACCCCUCGGAUACCUCAGCCAUCUGUGAGUCCUGUAGACGAAUAUGGAGCUCUCAUUUAUGCUGGACGAUGGGGUAUUUACGGGAUAACACUACCGGGGAGGGUUACUUUUGCACCUGGAAAUGUUGGAUUUUCCACAUUUGGUGCACCUCGUCCAAUGGAGACUCAAGUUAUCACUGAUGAAACUUGGAAGCUGAUUGACAGUAUAUGGGAUAAAAGGGUUCAGGAAAUCAAAGCUGAAGCUGCCAUGGAGAUAGAAGAAGACAAUGAAAAACCUCAACUUCUUAUGGCGAGCCAUUUCUUUUGAAACUACAGCACAUCAUAAUAUCUUUGAGGCUCUUAUCUGCAACUCGACUAACAAGGUGCCUGACAAGCAUCUGGAUAUAUCUUCCGGGGUAAGCAGCAUUGCUUAUUGCGGGGCUUCUACUUCACAACAUGUUUGUAAUGAAUCCCAUGGGAUCCGAGCACUCUGAGGUCUGAUCCAUGUGAGGUGCUCUCGAGUGACUGAAAUCCGUUUGUGGACAGCAUGAUCUCUGUGAAUCCUCAUAUUGACUGUGCCAAACUACAAGCUCAAGCAUGAAAGAGAGCAGGGAAGAUUUGAAAACUAGGACGAGAGAAGGAAUGGUCUCGAAAUUCACCGAAUGUGGUUUAGUGUACAGAAUUUUUGACAUGUUUGCAGUUUUUGCAUUUAUGUGGGUUCCAGCAACAUUUUUGGUUUUAUUUUUAGGCAAGGCAUGGUUAAAAACUAUUAAUGAUGGUGGUACUUCAAGUAUGAACAGUCAAUGAGAUAAAGAGAUGCGGUUUCUACA